AUGCAAAUAAAAUAUUUGCUUUUAAUAACAUAUUUGUUAACAGUAAACAAGUAUGUCACAGUGAAAAAAUCAGAUUAAUGUGAUGACUGCACAUAAUUCAAAUCGUAUAUGGACUGUGUAUAAUUUGGGUGCAUUUGGACAGAUAAAACAGCAACUACCCCAGGAUCAUGUGCAAAGACAACAACAAUUCCACCACAACCACCUCCAUAACCAUCACCAUAACCACCAUAACCACCAGCUUCUAGCUCUCCCUCCUAUUGUUAAACUAUAGAGAUAGAAUAAUGUUCUAAAACUGUUGGAUGCGCUUUAAUUCAAGGAAAAUGCACACAUUUUACUGGAUGUUCAGCCUAUGUCAUGACUACCCAUAGUGAUUGUUAAGGAAUAUCUAAUAUGUGCAUAACAGAUGGAGUCACAUGCACAAAUAUUCUUGAAUGUGUUGUUUAUACUAAAGAAUAAUGUGAGACAACCCCAAUAAUUAAAAGUCCAUUCAAAUGUAAACUUGAUGGAGAGAGAUGUAGAGACUAUAAAUGUAGUGAAGCUGAUACUUCACUUACUACUGAUACAGAAUGUAGUUAAUGGUUAUCUGGUUGUAAAACAACAGGUGCAGGAUGUAUUGAUGUAAUACCACCAUGUGCUAGUUAUCAAGGAACUUAAGAAACAUGUAAGAAUAUGAGGGGAUCUGAUGGAAAUUGCGAAUACAAUUUUUAUUGUAAUAAUUGUAGAGUUCGAGUAUGUACAGAUGCAAAUGUUUCAUUUAAUACUGAUUAAGAUUGUGCUAGAUAAUAAACUGGAUGUGUAACAACAGGAAAAGGAUGUAUUGCAACUUUAGGUUCUUGCUCAUCUUAUGAUGGAAAUGCUACAACUUGUAUUGGAUAUAUUGGUACAGAUGGAUAAUGUGCUGGGGAUCGUAAUGGUACUAAAUGCAGAGUUAGAAAAUGUGAUUAAAAGACAGCAGUAACUGAUGAUGAAUGCAAUAAAUGGAAGUCAGGAUGUAUAUCAAAUGGAAGAUCAUGUGUUGAUGCAUUAGAUCUAUGUAAUACAUAUGAUGGAACAAUCACUACUUGUACAGGUUUGAAAGGAUCAGAUGGAAAUUGUAAAGGAAUUUCAAUUACUGCCAAAUGUUCAGUGAAAGAUUGUGUAGAUGAUAGUAAUGAAACUUUUACAACUUAAGCUUAAUGUUCAGCAAUUCAAACUUUCUGUAAGACCACGGGAAAAGGAUGUGUGGCUAAAUUAUAAAAUUGUUCAUCUUAUACUUAUACAGAUGAUGGUACAUCUUGCAAUUCAUUAUAUGGAUUAGAUGGACGAUGCAAAUAAGCAGCAUCUGGUAAUAAUUGUGCAGCAAGAGUAUGUACAGAAGCUCCUUCUUCAUUUACAACAAAUAAAUAAUGUGAUGAAUACAAGGGUGAUUGCAUCACAACGGGAGAAGGAUGUACAGCAAAGAUGGUUUGUCAGGAUAUAGUGAAAUAGAUUAUUUGUUAAGGAAUAAACAAUUGUGGGUGGAAUCAAAUCUGUGUUUCCAAUACUAGUUGUGGAUAAUUGUUUACAAAAUCAAUAUGCGAAAAUGUUAGGAUUUAAAAUAAACCAUGUAAAUGGGAAGAAUUUGCUUGUAGAGAUGCUAGAUGCAACGAUUUCAUUGGUACUGAUGAUUAUACUUGUAAUCAAUUACUCGAAGGCUGUGUAACUAAUAAAAUAAAUUGUGUUGAUGGUACUAAUUGUGCAACCCAAUUUAAAGGAUCAAAAUAAACAUGUUUAGCCUACAAAGCAAAAUGCACAAAUGAUGCCAAUGCAACAGAAACGACAGCUUGCAAACCACGAACUUGCGAUGAUCCCUAUCUCAAUCAAAAAAAUGAUAAAGGUUGUGAUAAUUAUUUAAGAGGAUGUGUUACAAAAGGAGAAGGUUGUAUUAUUAAUACAGCACCAUGCAAAAGUUAUAGUGGAACUCCUGAUUAAUGUGAUAAAUUUAAAGGAAAUCAAACAGUUAGAUGCUGGAAUACAAGUCCAACUGGUGCUUGUGUUGAUAAGUUGUGCACCCAAGCAAUUAAUAUGAAAGAUGACUCAACUUGUGAGUCCUUUUUAAUAGGAUGUUCAUAUAAUGGAAAUGGAAGUUGUAUUCUUUCAUCUGCACCUUGUACAGACUACACAGGUGAUUAAAUUACUUGUAAAAAAUUUAAAGGGAAUAAUAGAACCAAUCUAUGCAUGGCCGGAUCAGCUGGUAAAUGCAGAGCUAUUGAUUGCAAUGAUGAUACAACUAGUUAAACUGAUAGUGAUUGUAAUACAUUUUUAUCUGGAUGUGUAACAAAGGGAAUUGGAUGUAUUGCUAAAACAGCUGAAUGUGGAUCCUAUAAAGGAACUACUCAAAAAUGUUUAAAAUUCUCAGGAAAUUUAGGAGCUGAUAAAUGCACAAGAUUGGAAGCCUGUAUUUCAAAGAAGACUGACUGUGCUUCAAAAACUGGAGUAAAAAAUAAUCUUGAUUGCUUAUUAUAUCAUAAUGAUUGCAGAUUAAAAUAUGGAGAUACUGUUUGUAUGCAACAUUUGAGUAAUUGUACAGAAUAUAAAUUGAAUAAUUCUGAUAAUGAUAAAAAGUAGGCUUAUUGUAAUUCUAUAACAACAUAAUCAGGGGUAUUGUGUUCAUAUAAUACAGAAAUCACAGGAACAUGUUAAGUUAGGGCAUGCAACUUAUGGAUCAGUACAUUGAAUAAAAUUUCAUGUGAAAAUUAUAAUGGACAAGCUUCAUGCAAAUUAAAUGAUACUUAUUGUUAUGCUCCUUAAAAUUCUUGUGGUUCAUAUACGAUUCCAAGUAAUCUUACUAAUGCAGUAGAUAAACUCAGAUGGUGCAAUGGAAUGUUUACAAAUUCAGUUACUCCAACAAAAUGUUCUUAUGAGGCCAGUUCAAGUACAGUAUGUUCAGACAUAAACACAUGCGAAGAAAUCCUUUUUCCUUUAAGUACAGUAGAUUGUAAUUUUUAAUUAAAUGAUGGAAAAUGCUAAUUUGCAAAUAAUCAAUGUAUUACUACCUAAACAGCAUGCACUGGUUAUAAAUUAACAGAAAUCAAAACUUAGGAUACAUUCUGCUCAGCACUAAAAUCUGAUAAUUCAGGAACUGUUAAAUAAUGUGCAUAUAUUCCAACAACCUCUAGUGCUAAUUGUGUUGAUGCUGUUUCAACUCCUUCUCCUCCUACUAUUCCAGCUUCUCCUUCUGCUAUAACGAUAUUAGCUUGUAGUGCUAUUUAAUCACCAACAUCAUAAGCAGAUUGUAAUUUAGGAACUGGUAGCUGUAAAUACUAUUCAGGAAGUUGUUAUACUAGAGUUGUGUGUGCAAAUUAUAGAUUUCCAGUUUCUGCUAAUGAUGCUGACAAGAAGCAAUUAUUUUGUUAGAAUAUGUAUGAUAAUACAGUUAAUGAAUACUGUUCAUAUGAUGCUCUUGCAAAUAGUAAUGCAGGUGGUUGUGCUACUGGUAAAAGUUGUACAGGAUAUACUUCAGUUGCUGGAGGUAAUAAUACUGGAAAACGAUUGACUUGUAGUAAAUUGAGAGAUAUAACAGGAACUGCAUAUGCAUUCGUUGAUGGUGCAGCAGAUUGUUCUGCUCCAACUACUGCUACUUCAUGUACAAUAGUUACCUCUGGUAUUACUGUUGAUGGUGAUUGUGAUUUAAGAACUAUACUAGGAUGCAAAAAACAUGCUACAAAUGCAAGCUGUAUAGCAAGAGCUGCUUGUACAAUCGCUACUGUUGCAACUGAUAAUGAUGCAAAAAUAAAUGAAUGUUAAACUAACCCUGGUCCAGAUUCUAAAUAUUGUACUUAUCCAGGAAGCGGUAAUUGUGUAGUUGCUUAAGCAUUAUGUUCAGGUUAUACAGGUGUUACAGCCGAUAAUGGAUUAACAACUUGUUAAAAAAAAGUAAAUCAAAAAGGAAAAAGAUGUUCAUGGAGUACUGGAACAAAUUGCGAAGAUGCAGUUGAAAUAUGCUUUAAUAUUAGUGGUCUUCAAAUUACUGAUAAAUUAACACAUUGUUAAGCUAGAAUAGAUUAAGUUGGUGUAUGUUGCUCAUGGAAUUAUGGUACUGCAUGUAUUUCUGCUCCAAAAACAUGUGCUGAAUGGAAUAGUUUACCAACAUCAGGACAAUUAGAAUUUUGUUAAGCCAGAAUUAGAUCAAAUCGAGAAAAAUGUUCAUGGAGUGCUGGAACUACUUGUUAAAAUUUACCUUCUACUUGUAAUGGAUGGAAUAAUCUCCCAUCUUAAGGAUAAUUAACAUUUUGUUAAACCAGAACUAAAUUAGAUGGAGCUAAAUGUUCAUGGGUUAUCAAUGCUACCUCGUGUUCUGAUCCUCCUUCUGCUUGUAAUGGAUGGAAUAUCCUUCCAAAUAAUGGAAAACUAGAAUUUUGUUAAGCAAGAAUGAAAUUAGAUGGAGGAAAAUGUUCAUGGACUACAGGAACAACGUCGUGCAGAAAUUAUUCAUGCGAAGAUACACUUUCUCCUUAAUCAUAAGUUGAUUGUAAUUUAACUGGUAUAGGAUGUACAUAUUAACCUAAAAUUAGAAUUUGUUAUAUUAAACAAGCAGCAUGUACUAGUUAUAGUCUACCUGAAACAUUAAUUCUUUUAGCUCAUUAGCAAUCUUAUUGUAAUAAUUUAAUUAAUACUACUUCUGCAAAAUGUACUUUUAUUACUGGAACUAAAUGUGCAGUUGUUAAUAUUUGCAAAAAUUAUAAUGUUUCGUCAUUGUUAGAUAUUGAAGUCAAAUUAGCAACUUGUUAAUAAGCAAUACCUACUUCUGGUUCCUGUACAUACUUUUCAGGAAAUACUUGUAUAGCUUUGGAUGCUUGCAAGACAUAUAUUGGUGGAACUGCUAGUUCUAUAGUUUCUGAUUGUGCUAAAUAAAUCGAUACAAAUGGAAAAUUGUGCUUUGGAACUGGUACUGGUUGUAUUUCAGCAACAUGCGAAAAUGUAAUAGGAGCAAAUAGUAUUGAAUAUUGCGAUAAGUAUGUGACUGGAUGUGUUUAUUAUAAUAAUAAAUGUUAUACUGCCUUAAGUACUUGUGCUUAUGCUACUGGAGGAAGCAAUGCAAUUUAAUUCUGUAAUGAAAUCAAGAAUACAGCUGGUGACUUCUGCACAGCUAAUUUUAAUACAGAUACUACUUGCAAAUAGAGAGGUUGUAAUGAUGAUGCAACAUUUGGUUUCUAAACUCAUUCAGAAUGUAAAACCUAUUCUUCUUUAUGCAAAUCUUCUGGGUAAGGUUGUAUAGUUGCAUCUACUACAUGUGCUAAUUAGAUUGGAUUUGAUUCAUUUUGUAAUUGGGCACUUGAUACUGAUAAUAAAUCAACUUGUGCAAAAGGAACUUUAGCAACAACUGACGCUCAUUGUACAAAAUUAACUUGUGGAUUGAAUGUUACAGCAACAACUGAUUCUGACUGUUAAUAAUUCCAUCCUAAUUGUUUAAAUAAAGGUUAAGGUUGCAUUAAUUAAUCAGAACCCUGUUCAUCAUAUUAUGGUACAAAGGCUCAAUGUUAGUUAUUCACAGGAAAUGGAAAGAAAUGCUUUGGAGAUUCAGCUACUACUAAGACUGCUUGCAGAGAUAAAAAAUGUACUGAUAUGACUACAGUUUUGGAUUAUAGCGAUUGUGAAAACCUCCUUUCUGGAUGUAUCUUUAAUGGAGUUGGAUGUGUGAGCAUUGCUGCAGAUUGUUUAUCAUACAUGGGAACUCAGGAAACCUGUAAAGAAUUUAAGGAAAUUUACGGAACUCAACAUUGUUGGGGAUCAAGUAGUACGAAAAUUGAUAAUUGUACAGAUAGAAAAUGUUCAGAUAAAGCUGGUACAACUGACUAAGAAUGUUAAGACUUCUUACCACCUAUUGCUCCAUCAACUACCUAAAAAUGUAUUACAAAUGGUACCGUCUGUGUAGAUAUUGGAAAACCAUGUUCAUUUUUUGAAGGAAAUGCUGAAACAUGCUCGUAAUUCACUGCCACUGAUGGUCCAUGUUAGCCUAGUGUAAUUUCUGCAAAAAAAGUGAGUUGUAAACCUCGAGUUUGUUAUGAAGCACCUAAUACAUAUAGAACUGAUGAUCAAUGUUAAUAGUAUCACCCAAGUUGUAGAACUACAGGAAGAGGAUGCAAGAUUAAUAUUAGCUGUGAUGAUUACAUUUCUUCAACUUUAUGUACUGAAAAUAAAUAAUGUUAAUUGGCAAGACAAUGUAGAAGCUUAGUAACAAAAUGUGAUUAAUUAACUGAUUAAGGUCUUAGUGUUUGUGUGAAUACUCCAUUAUAGAAUGGAAAUAGAUGUGCAGGAUUUACUAGUGCCAAUGAUGCUAUUGGUUGCAGAGAUUUCACAUGUGCUGAUUAUGAGGAAUCCAUUACAACUCAUAAUGAUUGCUUUUAAAGAGAUAAGACAUGCACUACUAGCGGAGUUGGAUGUGUGACAAUUGGAGAAUGUUCAUCCUAUACAUCUAAAUCCAUUUGUGAAGCUGCUAAUACAACUGAAUUAUCAAAAAGAUGCACAUGGGAUUCAACGAAUGAACUAUGUAGAUAAAGAUAAUGUGCUGAUGGAGAAUUUGCGACUAAUGAACUUUGCUUCACAUUUCUAGCUGGCUGUUAGACUACAGGUAAAAUGUGUAUGGGUCCAGAUUUCGUAUGUAAUGUAUUCACUGGUAAUCCAUAAUACUGUUUAAAAAAUGGCUCUGGAUAUCCAUGCUUAUAUGUUAAUGGAGUAUGUUAUGAGUACUCCAAAUGUACUGAUAUAACUAAUCCAUCUUUUGAUUUCUGUUAAGCUUUCUCUACUCAAUGUGUUCCAAGUAUUAAAACAUGCAGAGCUGUAACUCAAUGUGAAAAAUAUGAAGAUAUUGAUUCCUGCUUGAUUGGUGUAAAUAAUACUAAAUGUUAAUGGCUAUCCCAAGGUAUAUAAGGUAUAUGCAAGUAAUCCAUAAUUUGUAGUGAUGCUAUAAAUACUUCAUUAGAAAAAUGCAAAGCUGUGGGAACUAAAUGUAGUUGGGAUGGAACUAAAUGUAUUAAUAAAGGACUUUGCUCUGAUUACCUGAACUAAAUAACUUGUUCUGCUGAUACUGAGUCAUUAUGCCAUUGGACUGAGACAUCCUGUAAAUCUAGAGAAUGUAUAGACUAUUCAGUCAGAACUGAUUUCGAAUGUUUAAAUUAUAAAGUUAUGAGUGGAUUAUGUACAACUGAUGGAACUGAAUGUGUUGCCAGAGCUCCAUGUUCUUCUUAUCAAACUGAAGCAGCUUGUACUAUUGAUCCAGAUGGUAAUCCCUGUGCAUGGAAUUUCAUAAUUAGUGGAACUUAACCAUGUAGAUUUAAGUAAUGCUCUGAUAUUAAAGGAAUGACUAAUAAUGCUUGCAUUGGUUAAAUUCCAAAAAAUGAAUGCGUUUCUAAUGGAGUUAAUUGUGUCAACAAAGAUAAAUGUGCUCAUUAUAAGAAUAAAUUAUCAUGCAAAGCAGGAGGAUUAGAUGGAAAAUGUGCAUUCACACCAGCGCCAACAGUUACUGAUUAAAAUUAUGGAUUAUGUUAAUUGUUCACAUCUUGUGAAAAUGCUAAUAGUGAUGAAGAUGCAUGCAAAAGCAAACCAAAAGCAUGUAAAUGGACAAAUACUACAAAUGGAACCAGCACUAAAACAAAAUGUUCUGAGAUGGAUUGUCAAGGAAUUGCUAUUGGUACCAUCUGCAAUCCCAUCCCAAGUUUUGAUGAAACUUAUUAUACCAUUUGUGUUUUGAGUAAUAACGUUUGUAUAGCUGGAGACCCAUCAACUAUUUCAUAAGAUAUUUGUUAUACAUCUACAUUUUUUUCCUUCACUUGGGAUGAAGCAAAGUAUAAAUGUGUUAAAUGUAAAUUGUUUACGAAAAACGAAAUGUACAAUCCUAAUCCCAAUACGAAUACGGAUACAAAUAAUGGAUAUAUCUUAGGUGGUAUCACAAUUUCAUUAAUUAUUUUUGGAAUAUUUGCUUGA